UUGGUGGGGUGAAGAACUGGACGGUUCUGCUUUCUCUUUCUCAGUCUGCAUUGAGCUGCACAGUGGGGGAACCAAAAUCAUGAAGUCUCUCCUUUUUCUUGCACUUACCAUUAACCUGGCAUCAGCAGCCUCCCAUUCCCUUCACUACAUCUACACUGCAGUAACUCCAGGAAUGCAAUUCCCAGAGUUCACCACUGUGGGUGUGGUAGACAGGGAACAAUGUGAUUACUAUGACAGCAACAUCAGCAGAGUGAUCCCAAAGGCUGAGUGGAUGAAGAAGAUAGAGGCUGAUGAUCCAGAGUACUGGAACAGAAACACCCAGACUCUGCUGAGUGAUCAGGAGACCUUCAAAGCUAAUCUGAAUACUCUAAUGCAGCGCUUCAACCACAGUGACGGUUUUCACACAUUCCAGUGGAUGUACGGCUGUGAGCUGCAUGAUGAUGGAACCAGGAGAGGAUACAUGCAGUACGGCUAUGAUGGAGAAGACUUCAUCAGUCUGGAUCUGAACACUGAAACCUGGAUUGCAGCCAAUCAGAAAGCUGUUAUUACCAAAUACAAUUGGGAGCAUGUAAACUGGGCUGCUCAGGUGAAGACCUACCUGGAGAACUCCUGUACUGAGUGGUUAAACAAGUAUGUGAAUUACGGCAGAUCCACUCUGGAGAGGAAAGUCUCUCCUGAGGUGUCUCUGUUCCAGAAGGACUCUUCUUCUCCAGUGGUGUGUCUUGCUACAAGUUUCUUCCCCAAAGCAGUGAUGAUCUCCUGGCAGAAGGAUGGAGAGGAUCUGGAUGAGGACGUGGAGCUCAGAGAGACGCUACCCAACCAGGAUGGAACCUUCCAGAAGAGGAGCGUUCUGACCGUCUCACCUGAGGAGCUGAAAAAGAACCAGUACAGCUGUGUUAUUCAGCACAGUGGGCUGGAGAAGGAGAUGGUGCUACAGAUGGCUGAUCGAAGAGUCCUAUCAGUUGAACCUUCUGGAUCCAGCAAGUCAGGACCAACCAAGUCAACACCCCAAUCUGCCUCCCAUUCCCUUCACUACAUCUACACUGCAGUAACUCCAGGAAUGCAAUUCCCAGAGUUCACCACUGUGGGUGUGGUAGACAGGGAACAAUGUGAUUACUAUGACAGCAACAUCAGCAGAGUGAUCCCAAAGGCUGAGUGGAUGAAGAAGAUAGAGGCUGAUGAUCCAGAGUACUGGAACAGAAACACCCAGACUCUGCUGAGUGAUCAGGAGACCUUCAAAGCUAAUCUGAAUACUCUAAUGCAGCGCUUCAACCACAGUGACGGUUUUCACACAUUCCAGUGGAUGUACGGCUGUGAGCUGCAUGAUGAUGGAACCAGGAGAGGAUACAUGCAGUACGGCUAUGAUGGAGAAGACUUCAUCAGUCUGGAUCUGAACACUGAAACCUGGAUUGCAGCCAAUCAGAAAGCUGUUAUUACCAAAUACAAGUGGGAGCAUGUAAACUGGGCUGCUCAGGUGAAGACCUACCUGGAGAACUCCUGUACUGAGUGGUUAAACAAGUAUGUGAAUUACGGCAGAUCCACUCUGGAGAGGAAAGUCUCUCCUGAGGUGUCUCUGUUCCAGAAGGACUCUUCUUCUCCAGUGGUGUGUCUUGCUACAAGUUUCUUCCCCAAAGCAGUGAUGAUCUCCUGGCAGAAGGAUGGAGAGGAUCUGGAUGAGGACGUGGAGCUCAGAGAGACGCUACCCAACCAGGAUGGAACCUUCCAGAAGAGGAGCGUUCUGACCGUCUCACCUGAGGAGCUGAAAAAGAACCAGUACAGCUGUGUUAUUCAGCACAGUGGGCUGGAGAAGGAGAUGGUGCUACAGAUGGCUGAUCGAAGAGUCCUAUCAGUUGAACCUUCUGGAUCCAGCAAGUCAGGACCAACCAAGUCAACACCCCAAUCUGCCUCCCAUUCCCUUCACUACAUCUACACUGCAGUAACUCCAGGAAUGCAAUUCCCAGAGUUCACCACUGUGGGUGUGGUAGACAGGGAACAAUGUGAUUACUAUGACAGCAACAUCAGCAGAGUGAUCCCAAAGGCUGAGUGGAUGAAGAAGAUAGAGGCUGAUGAUCCAGAGUACUGGAACAGAAACACCCAGACUCUGCUGAGUGAUCAGGAGACCUUCAAAGCUAAUCUGAAUACUCUAAUGCAGCGCUUCAACCACAGUGACGGUUUUCACACAUUCCAGUGGAUGUACGGCUGUGAGCUGCAUGAUGAUGGAACCAGGGGAGGAUACAUGCAGUACGGCUAUGAUGGAGAAGACUUCAUCAGUCUGGAUCUGAACACUCAAACCUGGAUUGCAGCCAAUCAGAAAGCUGUUAUUACCAAAUACAAGUGGGAGCAUGUAAACUGGGCUGCUCAGGUGAAGACCUACCUGGAGAGCUCCUGUACUGAGUGGUUACACAAGUAUGUGAAUUACGGCAGAUCCACUCUGGAGAGGAAAGUCUCUCCUGAGGUGUCUCUGUUCCAGAAGGACUCUUCUUCUCCAGUGGUGUGUCUUGCUACAGGUUUCUUCCCCAAAGCAGUGAUGAUCUCCUGGCAGAAGGAUGGAGAGGAUCUGCAUGAGGACGUGGAGCUCAGAGAGACGCUACCCAACCAGGAUGGAACCUUCCAGAAGAGGAGCGUUCUGACCGUCUCACCUGAGGAGCUGAAAAAGAACCAGUACAGCUGUGUUGUUCAGCACAGUGGGCUGGAGAAGGAGAUGGUGCUACAGAUGGCUGAUCGAAGAGUCCUAUCAGUUGAACCUUCUGGAUCCAGCAAGUCAGGACCAACCAAGUCAACACCCCAAUUUGAAGGGAUCUAAACAUCAGAAAGAACAGGACCAAGAUGAAGAACUCAGUUCAGAUGUCUUGUGGUCAAUCUGUCAUUUUUUUUCAAUCUCGUUUCAGUAAUACAAUCAAUCAAAUCAAAGCUUUCAAAUGUCUUUAAAUUCUCUGCUGUUGAAAUGAACACUUUACAUAAUGUCAUAAAGCAUUUUUCCUACAAAAUCUCAUUCAUGAAUUUAAUACCUCACUUCCUUCAUAAUAAAAGUUGCUAAGCUGAA